GAUUUAAGAUCAUCAUCACUGACAUCAGCUCUCACAGCGGCGCGCAUCGGGGAGCGCGCUUGAGUCUCUCUCUCAGAGCGCGAGAACAGCUCACUGUCUAUGGUCCGCUUCUUCACGCGUCUCCUGCUCAACGGAUUAAAACACGCAGGUGGCGCUGUGUUUAAAGAUGGUGGCUCCAGGCUGGUAUCUCCUUUUAGCCCUGCUCCUCAUCGCACUCUGCUCUGACAUCCCAGUUGCAAAUGCCAAAAGGAGUCUGAUCCAGUCUUCCACCUCCAACACAGAUUCUGAAACCGGACUAACACGCGGCAGUCACAGAAGGAGACAUGGAUCGCGUGAGGAACAGGAUAGUGCUAGGUUGCUCCCCCGGAGGCCAGUGGCUCAGCCGGAGGAUGAUGGGCCCGGUGUGGAGGGUCUGAGUCCUGUGAGGUUGGAGAUGGGACCUGGGAACCGGAAGAAAGCAGGUGGUCAGGAUGUCAAGGGUCCCGCUCAUAUGCAAAGAGGAAGUCAUUUACCAGAGGGGGAGUUCACACGUAAAGGCAGGAGACACGGUCAUGGACAUCCUGCUGAAAAUAGGAAGCAUGGAGGCAGAAAAGACAAAAGCCGAACUAAAGGGGUUUUCGAUGACCCUGAACCACAAUUAGACUCCUUGUUGAAGGACAUGAAUGCUUUUGAGGAUGGUACCGACACCUCCCUGCCCAAUCACAGCAAUUCCCCGCCCACCGAAGCUUUCUCCCUUGUGUCCUCCAUCUUGGUAACCACGGCAAUCCACGAGCAUCCCCCAACGUUUCCCCCGGCCUCUACAAAACCCCAGAAGCCGGGUCGAGGGAAGACUCAGGGUGAAGUGAUGCCGACUCUGGACAUGACACUCUUUGAUUGGACAGAUUAUGAAGAUAUGAAGCCGGCAGACAUCUGGCCAUCCAACAAAAAGAAAGAUAAACGGCGCAACAAAUACAAGAGCAGCGGUAAUACAACACUUGAUGCUGUUGAACCAUGUGACCACCAUCUUGAUUGUUUGUCAGGUUCCUGCUGUGACCUCAGAGAACACGAGUGCAGACCUCACAACCGUGGACUGAACAACAAGUGUUUCGAUGACUGCAUGUGUGAGGAGGGUUUGCGUUGUUACGCUAAGUUUCACCGCAAGCGACGAGUGACCCGAAGACGGGGUCGCUGUGUGGAGCCAGAAUCAGCCAACAACGACCAAGGAGCUUUUAUCACCAUCUGACAUGUAGAUGAACCUUCCACAAUCUCCUAUGAACUGAAACAUGAACUGAGUCUAUCCUGAUCAACAGUGGGUCCAUCAAAGCCACAGUAUAAAUGUAAAUAUGCUGUGGAUGUAAAUGUGAAUGCAAUGGAUGUCACAAGUUACAUAUGCAACUGUUUGUAAGUGUUGCCUGUACUGUAUAGAUUAACUUGUGUCUGGAAGAAAAGAGGUUUUUGUUUACUGAUCAACGUUACACUACUGUCAAUAACUACUGCUACCCUCAUAUUGUAAUUAAGGCUGUUAAAUUAUGUUAAAACCCAUGAACCAUGCAUAAUUUAUCUUGUUUUUUUUUUGUAACACUUCACAAUAACAUUGUUUUUGUUAAUAUUGGUGACUAAAAAAAGGCUAAUGAAUGCUG